GGCAUUUGCUUCGCACUCCCUCAGAUUCAGAGUGCUGAAAAAUGGAAGUCGUCCGAUCUCAGAGGAAGUCUCUCUCGGCCGCCGAGGACGUCGUUCCGACCCUCCCUCUUUACCGUUCCGCACCGGAACUUGAGGUCAGGCUCGAAGAUUUUGAGCUUUUCGCAAUCGAUCGCCUACGAGUUCUUAAAGGGAUUUCUGAUGGAUUAUCCAGAGGAAAGAAUACCAAUGAAAUGGAGAAAUUGGUAAAAGAACUAUGGAAGGCGAAUAUGAGGCAUCCACAAGCAUCUGAGGUCAUUAACAAGGAUAUAAUCUCACACUUUGUCCUCCGUCUUGUGUAUUGUAGAACGGAGGAACUGCGAAAAUGGUUUCUUUCCAUGGAGACUACCCUCUUUCGUUACCGUUUUCGGCUUGAAACUUCUGAAGUUCAGAGAGCGCUAAUGACAGAAUUUGUUCAUUAUAAAGCACUUAGCACUACAGAGUUCGAGAGUGUAAAGGAAAAAUUAAUCCAAGUUGCACGGUCGAUGGGCACCAGUGCUGACACAAUAUUCUACAAGGUACCAUUUGAAGAAGUCCCAGAACUUGUGGCUACUCGCAGAGUAUUUAUUCAGAAAGGUCAUGCAUAUGUUGCCAUGAAUCAGGUGGUUUCCCUUGUUGUCACGCAAUUUCGCAGCCAUCUUUCAAAGGCCCUUGUGCUGGCAAACAGAAAGUGGACAUCCACCAUCAGAGAACAAGAGAAGGAUCGGUUGGCUCCUAUUGUGGAAGCUCUAUCUACAAGCUAUCUGGGUCCUGACUAUUCCCAGCCGAAAGAAUAUGCAGAAAUAUCACUAAGAGACAUUGAUCAAGUAGCUAGGAGUUCAUUUCCUCUGUGUAUGCGCCACCUUUUUGAAAAGCUAAGAGAGGAUCAUCAUUUAAAGCAUGGAGGGAGAAUGCAAUUGGGCCUGUUUCUCAAGGGUGUUGGGUUGAAGUUAGAUGAUGCCCUUGCGUUUUGGAAAGCUGAGUUCUCCCGGAAGGUUGGCGUUGAGAGAUUUGACAAGGAAUAUGCCUAUAGCAUACGCCAUAAUUAUGGAAAAGAAGGGAAGAGAACGGAUUACACACCUUAUUCUUGUCAAAAGAUCAUCUCAUCAACUCCAGGUGUCGGAGAUCAUCACGGAUGCCCUUAUCGUCAUUUCAGUGAGGAGAAUUUGAGAGCAGCCCUUGGUAGAAUGGGAGUGGUGAAUCGUGCACUAGAGGAUGUGAUCGAUAAAGUGCGAAAUAGACAUUAUCAGUUGGCGUGUACUUUGACAUUUGAAACUGUUCACGGCUCAUCUUGUGAUGCUGGGAUUAAUCAUCCAAACCAGUACUUCAGUGACAGCCAGAAGAUCCUGGAAUCGAAGAAGAAUUCCAUGGAGUAACACCAAAAGAGCAGUGUUAUUUCGCAUCAUAUGGACUGGUGAGUUUAUCGGAGCAUGUGACCAAUUGCCUGCAUGUGGUUCUAUUUUAAUCUAUGCAUGUGUAUCUAGUUUAGUGCGGUCGUAGCAGAUAGUAUCGCCGCGGAAGAAAGAAAGGCAGGAAUAUUUUCUGCAAUGAUGCCUGAGGAUGCCUGAUUUGUGAGCUUCUAACGUGUAAGAUGCAAUUUAUCCAAGCUGCAACAAUUGAAAAAUGUAAAGUAGCUUAAAAGAUGUAUUUUCCUUGAAAAGUUAGAAGUGAUUACAUUUAUCACUGUUGUAUCCUAUGAACAAUCUAUAUUUAAUUACGAAAUUAAUUUAUCAUGACAGA